AUGUCGGCCGAUUCCUUGGAGCGCGAACUGAAAGGCAGUGAGAUAGUCGUGGAUGACAAACUCCGCAUCUCAUUUCGACACACCAUCCGGGUGCCAGACAACGAACGAAUCUCCAAACUACCGCCAGAUCUGGGAGCAUACCCAAUCAAAGCGGUAGCCGACUACAGAAACAAAAUGGAGCCCGCCAUAGCUGCCAAGGGUGGCGUGUUUUUCCCCAUAUACCAGUCCGAAGCCAUAUGGAUUGACUUCAGUUGCGAACCAAACUCGAAAUACAUGAUCAAGAUUUAUGUAGGUAGCGUCAACGCCAUUUCCGGUGAGCCUGCGAUAGAGGACGCUGGCACCAAACUGCGCCUCCAGGCUCGAAUGGCAGAGGUUAACGGCAAAGGUUCCGAGUGCAUACCUCUCCAAGACUACAUUAUCGUGCCAGGGCAAAUGUGGUUAGAUGGCAUCGCAGAUUACCGAACAAUGAUUGGACAGUCGAUCAGAAUACAUGUUGAAUCGUCCGACACCAUCGAAAUGCUCAUGUUGUGGAUCCAGGAUCAUUUGGAUUAUCCGUCCAAUCAGCAAAGGCUUAUAUUCAGAAAGACAGGACUCAAGAAUGAGGGAUAUUGCCCGCUAACGCAGAUGGCCAUUGCCGCUGGCAGAAAGAUUGAGCAAGGCAUCGUUCCCGACAGGCUUAGAGAUCGCUGGGAGAGGAAAUGUACCACUGUAUUCAAUGCGCAAAUCCUCAAUUCGGCACCGAUGGAUGCCAAGAUCUACAAACAGCUUGGACUGCCUUUUUACAAGCUUUACGAAGAACCAAGCGGAAUCUCUGGGGAUUUCAGUCUGUUCAAGUCUGUUGCACAGAUCAACGGAGAAACGGAAGAAGUCAUCACGCCUGACACUGUUGAGAUCAACAAUAUGGCUACGCAGCAACUGGUCGGCCUGACAAAUCCCAACGGACCCCUCCGCGAGUUUCGCACUCUCCGCGAUCUUGUGAAAGAAUUCGAGAGAUUACAUGUCGCCAGUUUCUGA